AUGCACAACAAGGCCAACUCCUUACCGGUCAGAUCCGACCCAUCGACCCGACCCAUAUCCCGUCACCACUCCACAAGCUACAUUGUCCAUCGAGUCAAAGAAAGCCUCACAACAAGAGUCUCUAAACUCAUAUGUGCAAUUUUCUUAUCUCUUUUGUUAUGUUUAGGCAUUGUUUUCUUCAUCCUAUGGAUCAGUCUACGUCCUCACCGUCCACGUUUCCACAUCCGAGGGUUCUCUCUCCCUGGUUUGGGUAAACCGGACGGUUACGAGACCUCACACAUAAGCUUCAAGAUAACGGCUCAUAACCCAAACCAAAACGUUGGCGUUUACUACGACUCCAUGGACGCAUCCAUUUACCACAAAGAUAAAAAGAUUGGGUCGACGACUAAACUCGCUCAGCCGUUUUACCAAGACCCAAAGAACACGAGCUUGAUCGAAGGAGAGUUGCGUGGCCCCACGAUGACGGUGAAUAAGGACCGUUGGAUGGAGAUGGAACGAGAGAGGAAUCAAGGUAAGGUUGUGUUGAGUUUGGAGGUUGUGUCCGUGAUACGGUUUAAGGUGUACACGUGGCGUAGUAAGAGCCACAAGAUGCACGCAAACUGUUAUAUUGAGGUUGGUUGGGAUGGCUUGUUGUUGAAUGGGACCAAAGACAAGAGAUGUCCAGUUUAUUUCACCUGA